UCUCUCUCUCUCCAUAUAUGUGUGUGCGCGUGUACGUACAUAUUUGAACUUUUGCUCUCUCCUUUUGAUAAGCUGAUCGAUCGAUCAGUUCUGAGAACUGUUCCUAUGUAUGAUGGAGAUUUGCUAUUUGAUUUUCUAGGGUUUGAUAGAUUUCUCCAUAGUUUCAUAAUUGAUCUGAACCUUGGUUGUUGUAAAUCAUCGAUUCUAAAGCGCAUCAAACAAAAUAGAACCCAUCCUAGUUUUAAGACGAUUAACAAUACAAUUGCGAGUGGGCAAGAGUCGAGAGGUUAAAACUCAAGUUCAUAUAUAAUUGAACAUGUUGCAGUAUUCAUGGUUUUUAAAACCCUUAUUCACAUCCUUGGUAUACUUGUUGCGGUACAAACGACGCCCUGUUACUCUACUGCCUGCGACUGUGGACCAGAUUAGAAGACUCUUUCAUGAUGCAUAGAUAAACAUGUUAGGGAUUUGUUUAGGGAUACUUCACAUAUCUCUUUCAUGAAGAAUAUUGCAGCAAACAAGAUCACUUUGAAUGAGAUGAACUUAUUUAUUCAUAUCUGUAUAAAUACAUGUAUCUAUAUUUGCCAUUAGUUUUUUUUCGUGUAAGAUUCUCUAUAGGCUUGACUGCUUUUGUUAUCUAAUAGAGAAAGUGGAGAAGGGAAAAAAUUCCUUAUGCAAGUGCACAUGAGACCCUUGAUUUCUAAUAGAAAUUGUUUAUUGAUUGUUGAAUUUUUUUUAAGUGGAUUCAUGGACCUCUGUAAUUUGGACAUGUGUUGGUGCCCUUUUGUAGGUUUAUUGCUGCCAAAAAAAUUUCAGCGAUGGCACGUCUUAGUUUAUCAAAAAAGAAAAUGAAAAGGAGCAAAUUGGCAAUGGCUAUGCAGUGGUGGUUGUACAUUCUACAUUUACUUGGGUUAUUCAUGGAAUUAGCAUAUAGGAUGGUUGAAAGACAAUGCAUGCAUGGGGUUAGAUCUAGGUAUCGGUUAGAUUUCUAUGAUAAUAGAGAUGUAAUUGAAAAAUGGGUGUAUAAAAGUGAUAGUAAAUGUAUGAAUGAUUUUAGAAUGCCUAGGCGGCCAUUUUUGAAGUUGUGCCACUUGCUUAGUACAAUCGGGAAGCUAAAGCCAACCAGACACAUGUUAGUUGAUGAGCAAGUGGCAAUUUUUUUGCAUAUCCUUGCUCAUCAUAUAAAAAACAGGACCCUUCAGAAUAAUUUCCAUCGCUCGGCAGAGGCAAUUAGUAGGUCUUUCAGAAAAGUUUUGGUUGCGGUUAUGAGGCUACAAGGGCAUUUAUACAAGACACCUGAACCAAUACCGCAGAACUCCACUGAUGAGAGAUGGAAGUGGUUUAAGGGAUGUCUAGGGGCAUUAGAUGGAAUACACAUACUUGUCCAAGUGCCGGCUGUUGAUAGGCCUAAGUAUAGAAACAGAAAAGGUCAAAUUGCUACGAAUGUCUUGGCAGCGUGUACCCCAAACCUUCAAUUCACUUAUGUGUUACCUGGUUGGGAGGGAUCAGCAGUGGAUGGACGGGUGUUACGAGAUGCAAUUAAUAGAACCCAUGGUCUAGUUGUUCCACGUGGUACAUACUAUUUGGUUGAUGCGGGGUAUACCAAUGGUGAAGGAUUUCUUGCACCGUAUAGAGGUCAACGAUACCAUUUGAAUGACUGGAAGGAUGGACGUCAACCUACAACUCGGGAGGAAUAUUUCAAUAUGAAGCAUUCAAGUGCUCGAAAUGUGAUAGAAAGGGCCUUUGCGAUAUUGAAAAAGCGAUGGGCAAUUCUUAGGAGUCCUUCUUAUUACCCCAUUAAAAUCGAAAAUCAUAUUAUCUUAGCUUGUUGUUUGCUACAUAACUAUAUAAGGGACGAGUUGAAAAAAGACCCCUUUGAAAAUAUAAGAUUCAUUGAGAAUAGGGAUGAAGAGGACGCAGAUAUUGUUUCUAGUGUUGAGACAUCACCACAAUGGACCUCUUUUAGAGACAACAAGGCAGCUUCUAUGUUUUAUUGCAUGGAGAGCAAGUAG